AUGAAUAUGGUCACGCCAAAACGACGACAAGAACUUUUUAGUAGAGCGGAAGAUUAUGUUGACACAUUCUUACAGCACACAAAAUACAUUUUACCACAUGUAGCACGUUUUUGUCUUGUUAGUACAUUUAUCGAAGAUGGAAUUCGUAUGUAUAUGCAAUGGAACGAACAACGUCAAUAUAUUAUGUCUAGUUGGGGUGUCGGCUGGUUUAUCGGCACUUUAUUUGUUAUCAUUAAUUUAUUUGGACAAUUAAUACCUUGUGUGAUGAUUUUAUUGCGUAAAAAAACUGAAUAUGCCUGUGGUGUCCUCUUUUUCAUCAUUGCAUUUCAAGUAAUCGGUUAUAAAACUCUAUGGAGUUUUCGUUAUUUGUUGAAGUCAUGUGCGUUAGUUGGCGGAUUAAUAUUGUUAUUGGUUGAAAAUCGUAAAGAAGGUCGAAGUUUAUUUGCUGGUGUGCCUACAAUGCAUAAUAAUGCGCCAAAAAAUUACAUGCAAUUAACAGGUCGUAUACUCCUUGUUAUCAUGUUUUUGACAAUUGUUCGUUAUGAAAUAUCAAUAUCAUCCAUAAUUCAAAAUUUAAUAGGUGGAAUAUGUAUAUGUUUUGUAGCAGUUGGUUUUAAAACAAAAUUAUCAGCCAUGUUUUUAGUAUUUUAUUUAACAUGUAUUAAUAUUUAUGCUAAUAGUUUUUGGCUAGUGCCAAAUCAUCGUGCAUUACAUGAUUUUUUGAAAUAUGAUUUUUUUCAAACAAUGUCUGUCAUCGGUGGUCUGUUGUAUGUUGUGGCAUUAGGUCCCGGUGGUGUAUCGCUUGAUGCAAGAAAAAAAGAAUGGUAA